UUGCUUAUUACUGAGGUUGCGCUGUUGGGAUUGGGAAGCCACUACUUUCUCAACAUUUCGGAAUGCUACGCCCCAAACUACAGGAGACAAACACACACUAGCUGUUGCUAUCCUCACCCUGUCGAGUCUGGUUCUGACGGGAUUUAUAGACACCUAUAGCUCCAGCUAAAAAAGGAAUAACAAGCGAUAUUUUUCGAAACGCGUUUCCCCACACCGAGGCGGGUUCUUCCGCUGAGGCCGUCGCUGGAAAUACACGACUCGACGGAGAAGCUAUCGUUGUGUCUUGAGCAAGGACUAGCAAGAAUACAACACACUAUUUAGGCCGCUUUGUUGUCAGUUAUUGCGACUGACACAACACCAUAUAAUUAAGACAGUCGGGCGAGGACCAGGGUUUCCUUCGUCGCUUGACCAUGCGAGGAGCUCGGAUCUACGUAGAAGAAUGUUUCUGCAUCUCCCGGCGUUAGCUCAGCCGCGGCUCCAUGGCCAACAGUAACAACAUGCUCCUGGCCUCUGUCGUGGUGGUGUGGGAAUGGCUGAACGAACACGGACGGUGGCGGCCCUACGGCCCCGCCGUCUCCCACCAGAUAGAGGCGGCCAUCCGGAGCAGCGACCCCCGCGGAGGAAGCGUGGUCCUCGGCCAGGUGGACAACCGGCUCUCGCCGUACAUCAUAGAUCUCCAGUCAAUGCACCAGUUCAGACAGGACACAGGAACCAUCCGUCCGGUGCGGAGGAGCUUUUAUGACCCAGCCUCGGCCCCAGGUCAGGGCUGGCAGUGGGAGUGGGAGAACGAUGCAGGUUCGUGGACGGCCUACGACAUGGAGGUGGCCAUCGCCAUCGAGAACGCCCACAGCCGGCAGCAGCCCUGUUUCGACCUGACUCCACUUGGCUUCUGCUACGUCAUUGAUUUUCAGAACAUGACGCAGGUAAACCGACAGAGCCAGAGGUGUCGGAGACUUCAGAGACGAGCAGACAUAGCCUACCCUCUGGUGUCUGGUCCUGUCCCAAUACCUAAAGGGGGAGGAGGAGGAGCCCUGCUGGGUGUUGGGGUGUCGGGGGCCAGCACAGGGACUGGAAGCUCUAUCUAUCCCAAUGGUGGCCUACCGGUUCCUGGACUGGGCCAGCCUUGUUCCUGCCAGCAAUGCAUGCUGGUCCUUAGUGUGAAGACCAAUGCAGGAGGGCCAGGGAUACAGACUCUAGGUAGACGCUCACUAACCAUGCAACGGGCCAGGAACCUACCACCCAUCUCCUCAAAACCCCUGAGUCCGUCUAAAUCUGCCACCCUAGGGAGAGGACAGCAGCUGAACUCCAACGGCAACUCCAACUACUACCAGACGCUGCCGCACGGCCUCGCCAUCUCCAGAAACAUCUCCUCGCCAAGAAGGAACGCCCAGCUCUUCGCUCAGUCCCUGGCCGCCCUCACCGCCGGAACCUCCACCCUGGUGGUCAGCUCGUCUUCCAACAGGCCGCCCCCCCCAUCCCUCCCGCCCCCUCAGCCUCCAUCCUCCAAACCCAACGCGGCCCCUCCGUCCAUCCCGCCCAAGCACUCCUCAUCUUCAGCCAACGAACCAGUGCCAACCGCCACAUUAGUUACCCCCGCCAACAGUGUGACCACGCCACCUUCUCCUGUGCCAUCACCGUCGCCAAUGCCGAUGAAGCCGCAGCACCCACUGUCGGCGGCGGCAACAAUGUGCCAUGCCCCGUUGCCACAGAGAUCUAGCUUAGCGGGGCUGAGUAGACCAGCGUUGCAGAGGAUAGCCAUGGCCCAGUCCAGAGCGCUCAUAGCUUCAGGUGUGCCCACCGUCCCAGUGAAGAACCUCAAUGGAUCCAGCCCGGUCCACCCUGCACUGGCCGGGAUCACAGGUAUCCUGAUGAGUGCUGCCGCUCUGCCUGUGUGUCUGACCAGACCCCCAAAACUGGUGCUGCACCCCCCACCUGUCAGCAAGGGCGACAUCAAACCCGUGCCAGGCUUCGGCCACUGCUGCAGAAAGACCACCAAGAAGCAGGCUCGCAAGGGUAAAACUCCAGAGGAGGUGGUAAAGAAGUACCUGCAGAAAGUAAAAAGUCCACCAGAGGAGGACUGUACCAUCUGUAUGGAGCCGCUGGGGGGUCCGUCUGGUUAUAAGGGCCCAGGGGUGACCCCUGUGUCUCGGGCAGAGUCAGUCGGGCGGUUAGCACAGUGUGGACACCAGUACCAUUUCCAGUGUUUGGUGGCCAUGUAUAAUAACGGCAACAAGGACGGCAGCCUUCAGUGUCCCACCUGUAAAACCAUCUACGGCGUGAAGACAGGCAACCAACCGGCGGGAAAGAUGGAGUACCACGUCAUCCCUCACUCCCUGCCGGGGCAUCCUGACUGCAAAAGCAUCCGCAUCAUCUACAACAUACCGCCAGGCCUUCAGGGACCAGAGCAUCCGAACCCAGGGAAGCCCUUCACUGCCAGAGGCUUCCCCCGACACUGCUACCUCCCCGACAGCGAGAAAGGACGCAAGGUACUGAAGCUGCUCCUGGUAGCGUGGGACCGCAGGUUGAUCUUCUCCAUUGGAACUUCAAGCACCACCGGAGAGUCUGACACCGUCAUCUGGAACGAGGUCCACCAUAAGACAGAGUUUGGCUCCAACCUGACGGGCCACGGCUUCCCGGACCCCGGACACCUGAACAACGUCCUGGAAGAGCUGCGAGCUCAGGGCAUCACAGAGGACGAUGGACUGAUGGAGAAGUGAGAGGACCAUGAAACAUGUGAGAGCAGCAAAGAGAGGACGGAGAGAUACAAACCAUGAAAAUAAAAGAAGAAGAAGCAGGAGGAGGACUGAGACACUCUCCCUGCCAGCACUUAACAGGGUGCAGGGGACGUUUGAGGUUAUAGAAGACAACAGGGAACCACUUUUCAAGAUGGUGAUUGAGUCUGGGUUCGCUUAUCGGUACAAGUCUGUCUACACACUUUUCGAGCAAGCACAUAAACAGCAGUGGGGGGGGGGAGUACAAAGCUGCAGCAGAUUCUUUUUUUAAAAGGAGAAAGAAGCUAUGGGAAAAAAAUGAUAUCACUCAUGGGUCCUCAUACUAGCCAGCUAGGUACUACUAAAUGUCUGAGAAUGAAUCAGUACUAACACUUAGGACACAAACAAGUUACAUUUACUGAGGGAAAGCAGAACCAGGAAAAGAAAGUAAAAAGAGAGCGCAGUUUUGAUGAAAACUGUCGGGAGAGAACGGACAAAGGAAGAAGUCAGAGCAGCGGGGGAGGGGACAGGAGGAGGGAAAGAUGAAGCAGAAAGACACGAAGAUGAUGUAAGAAUGUAGCGUAGGAUAGGAGAAGUGUCAAAUCAACUUGUAUGGUACUUAGCUAGGUUAUCAUUAAGAGGUAACAGAGAGCGGUGGAGGAGGAGGAGGAGGAGGAAAGACAGAUGGUGCUCGCUUUUGUUCACACCACCUGCCUGUCAGUGGCUCAGUGCUGCUGCUCCCCCCUGUGGCGGUGCUGAGAAACUACAACUGCAAGAUAAAACUGUUACUAUGAGUUAUCCACCUGUUACGUUUGAUCAUUGUUACCUAUAAUCCUCAUUUAACGUCAUUCCAUACUUUACCUCCUACGUUGACUUGAUGGGUUUUUAUAUGUGUUUAUGAUUGCGUGUGAAAUGACAAAAGACCAAACGCAGGCCCGGUCCGUUUGGAGUUUUACUUAUCGAGCCCUUGUGGUGAAAGUGAACCGUACAUACACAGGUGCCAGUAUUUACUUAUGUAUCUUUAUUUGUGUCCCUUGUGACGGUGCACAGUGGAUGUAAAUGCUGUGAGAAAAGCUGAGGAUGUGAAUAACAACCUGAAGAUAAAACCAAUUUGAGCGUUGACAAAAAUGCUGAGGAUUUUUCAUUAGAUCUAGUUCACCUAUCUUCUCAAAAAUAAAGUAAUCUUCGGCUUGUUCACAGCCAGGAAAUCCUCAGAUUGGGCAGGUGGGGUGGAGAAGAUGGAGAAGAUGGAGAGGUAGACCUGAAGUCAUGACUUACAGAGGGGAAAAAACUAUUGGUCGACGAGUGCAAACGCGCUACAAGAUGCCAAAACAGUUCCAUUAGGAGAAACACUGCAGCUUCAGAAACUAUACAAAUAAAUGACAAAUGUGUCAAAAUACAUUCAAAUUUAGAAACAAAUGUACCAACUUGACAACACAUACCAAGUAUUUAAGAAACAUUCACCGUGUUUGCCAUAAUAUCAGAAGGAAUCAUGCGAUCGCAUUGUUAAAAUAAGACUAUAAAGCUUACUGUACAUUUUUAGAAAACGUUCCAACAACAGACUACAGAAGCGCACGGUCCCGGUGUGCAUCCCUUUUUAGUGUACUCUGGUUUACGUUGUGUUUUGAGCUUCUUGCAGCGUUAUUUAUUUGCAGCGCUUUGCUAAUGCAGCGCUUUCAGUAAACGCUGCCCUUGUUUCGGCAAGUUGGUGAAUGUUUUUUUUUAUGCGCUUGUGUUGUCAGGUCAUUCUUUAUCUGCAUGUGUUUUUGCACAUUUGUGUUAUUUGAUUUGUUUAUGAAACUGCGGCGCGUUUCUCCUAAUGAAAAUGUGUUGGGCUGCUGGAGCGGGUUUUCACCUGUCGGCCACCGUAACACUGGGAUUAUAAACGCCAAUCAAUCACAUAAAUUCUUAUGAAUGAAGAUCAACUAGGCAUCUAUUAAAUAUCCAGUAUUCAUUUAAAUGUGAAUUCCCCAGUUAGGUAUCAUCAAUAGUUAAUGACUGUAGAUGUUUAAUUGCAAUUGCCCAAAACUAUUUAACACCAACAACAGGAAACUUCCCAAAUGGGCUUGCUUCUGAUUGGCUGGAAUCCCAACAAGUUAAAAAAUAAGCUAAUUGUAAGCAAUACAGAGUAUGGGAUGUUUAAUAUGUGACUUGUUGGCUGCAGUUCGAGAUCAGAAUAAUAUAUUUUAAAUUAAAAAAAGUAAUAGAAUCCUCUUCUUACCUCAACCCUUCCUGACUGAUGUCACACGGCCCAGUCUUUGAGUUGGGUCUAUAAAGGACCCCUUAUCACAAUGUUACAAGAAAUGUGAGUGUGAAAGAUAACCUGUGUACUGUGUAUACUACCCACAUGCUCCCAGUUUAGGGUUUUAUUUUGGUACUCCGUCAUUCAUUAUCUCAGAUGAUGAUGGUUCCCCCUUCCUUCUUUGUUAGGUAAUUUUAUUUUGAAAAGUAGGUACACUUGUUUUACAUUUUCCUUACCACUAUUAUAGAUUAAAUUGCCUUUUUUAUAUUGUAUGUUCAUGUCAUAUUAAUUAUGCCAUUUUUGUAUUUGUUACAAUUGGUUUACAGAGAUGGUAUUGUUAAAUACGAUGUUUUUUUUGUCAUUGUGUACAGAAAUUAAGCUGAUCUGUGUCAUCUUUUCCUUGGAAAAGGAAUGUGAUGGUAGACUUUUAUUUGAGUGUGAAAUGUAAUGAAUUGUAGGAGCAAGUCAAACCCUUACACAUGUGCUCUCUGUGAGGUAAAGAAUGCUUUUAUUUUUUACACAUCAUCUGUCUUGUUAACUUUAUCUGCUCUGAACUUUAGUAGCAGAUGUGUUGAUGGACACAUUGGUGUUAGUCUUAAAUUCACCACUCUUUAAGUUGCAGAAUGGUACAAGUGCCGGUGGCAUGAUGAAGAUGAUUAUUUUAAACAUUGUAAAAUACAAUAAAAUUGAAAUUUCCUCCUGA